AUGGUCGCUGCCCUAUCCUUGUCUCAACUCUUCAACUUGCCUAUUGUCGACCAACUCGUCCUGGAUGUGCGCCAUCGUGUCAACGAGCCAGACCACGUGAUUUGCGCUCUUCGACUGCCCUUGAGUCAGCUACCGGACGGGCCUGACGAGCUUGUGGACGCUCGCUGCGAAAGUCUGCUUCUGUCGGCCCUGGCCAAGCACGUCGAGAUCUGGGGCCUACCGGACAAGUGCGACUUUGUCGUGGUGUACGGUGAUGCUGAGGAUGAAGCCCCUCCUGACGUCCGCCGAGCCCAGGCUCGCUUCAUCACAUUUCUUCAAGAGCGUCUGGAGCACAUGAAAGAACGCGAGUGGGCGCUGGUCCGACCGGGCCAGGAUCGGCGCCAUCUCCAGCAGCUACUCGGUGACCCACUCGGCGCUGGGCCUAGCAAUAAUGGUCCCGACCAGCAAAACAACGAGGAUGAUCAACCACGCCCAGAUGCUGCUGGGCUUCUCUUGGCAAGCUUAAAGCGCCUCGAGCGGACCUUGAUCCGCAAUUGCCAAGGUGUUCGCACCAUGGCGGGGGGCUACCGAGUUUUGCGGGCUGCCUACCCAUUUCUCACUGGCCCGCCAGGUACGGAUGCUUCAAAUCUGGCGGCACUGCCCUCGCAAUUGCACCGCCACCUCUUUGUCGGCUCGCGCCCCUUUGAGGCUUCGGCUGAGCGUUUAGCCCAGCUUGGGGUGGCAGCCGUUGUGACCCACAACCGGCCAGAGCGCCGCAACAUUCUCGAUGUGCGCGGUCAAGUGGAACUGGUCAAUGGCAUCGAGUAUCUGCACCUGGCCCUUCGGGAUUCAGACCCACGUGAAGAUGUCCGAGCCAUUUUUCCUCCCGCCGCCGACUUUAUUACCCGCCACGUCGAUGCAGGCCGCACCGUCCUCAUUCAGCUGCAUGGUCGCUCUCAGUCGGCCGCUCUUGGCCUCUUUUGGUAUUGCCUUCACGAGCGCGUGUCGGUCCCUUUGGCACUGGCCGCAGUGGACAGUGCCACUCGCUUCCGAGUGGAUCAUCGCCUCAUGUACCUCAGCCAGCUUUAUCACCUCCUUGCUGCUCGUUUGCCCGCACCUGACAUGUAA